UGUUCGACCCGCACUGGAGCCCGGGGCCGGGGUGGGGGCGGACUGGCCAGAGGGGCAGCAGUGGCCGUGAGGAAACCUUGCGUCUGGAGCCCAGCGGAGGGCUCGGCUUCGGCGCGAGAGUCCCGGGGGCGUCUGCGGGCCCCUAAUUGAGAGGUUAGCGAGCUCGGGUUCUGGAGAGGAAAACCAGAGAUGGACCUUAUGAGACUCACCCGGCUCUUCUGUGGCUCCCGGCCCAUGGGACAAUCUGUGCUGCGAUACCUGGACCCUUGCAGAGCCAAGUGGGCAGGAGGCAGUGAGGGGCCUCCAGGGCUGAGGGCCAUAGGGCUCAUGCGGCUGGUGCCAGCAACCUUCAGCAGCUCCCUUUCUCAGCUGCCCCUUGGUCAGGGGAACCAGAAGAACAUUAGCAGCCUCAGCUCUGACCCCAGCCAGCCCACUCCCAGGGCCAGCCAGGAGGAAGAGGAGGAGGAGAGCUUUGGGACUCUCUCUGACAAAUACUCUUCCCGGAGAAUGUUCCGCAAAUCAACGGCCCAGUUAUAUAACCUACGGCUCAGGGAACAGAGCGGUGAAGAUGAACAAAGGGAACUAGAACCCAAACCAUGGCGGGGCCAGAGAAACACUCCUUAUUGGUACUUCUUUCAGUGCAAACGCCUGAUCAAGGAAGGAAAGCUCGCCGAGGCCCUGGACCUGUUUGAGAGGCAGAUGCUGAAGGAGGAGCGGCUGCAGCCCCUGGAGUGCAACUACACAGUGCUGAUUGGGGGCUGUGGGCGGGCUGGCUACCUGAAGAAGGCGUUCCGGCUCUAUAACGACAUGAAGAAGCGGGACCUGGUGCCCUCAGAUGCAACAUACACAGCCCUGUUCAAUGUCUGUGCUGAGUCCCCCUGGAAGGACUCUGCUCUGCAGAGUGCCCUGAAGCUACGGCGGCAGCUCCAGGAGAGAAACUUCCAGUUCAACUUGAAAACAUACCAUGCCCUGCUAAAAAUGGCUGCCAUGUGCGCAGACCUCAGGAUGUGCCUCGAUAUCUUCAAGGAAAUAGUCCACAAGGGGCAUGCGGUUACAGAGGAGACCUUCAGCUUCCUGCUCAUGGGGUGCAUCCAGGACAAGAAGACGGGUUUCCGACACGCCUUGCAGGUGUGGAGGAAGAUGCUGAGUCUAGGGCUCAAGCCGAGCCGGCAUGGCUACAAUCUGCUGUUGGGAGCAGCUCGGGACUGCGGCCUGGGGGACCCGGAGGUGGCCUCAGCAUUGCUGCUGAGGCCCACAGAGGAGACAGUCCCACUCCAGGCCCCAGCAGGUGUGCAGCAGGCCAGAAGGAGAGCCCCAGCUGGGGUGAGCAAUAGUCUGGCAGCCAGAUUGCACGUGGAAGCCCUGGAGAAGCAGCUGUUUCUGGAACCUUCUCAGGCAUUUGAAGAGCCUCCAGAGUCUCAGGAGGCCAGAGCCUCCAGCAACACCCAACUUGUGGCAGAAUUCAAGGUGGUGCCUGACCACAGGGGGGCCCUUACCUCUGUGGCCCUGAAGCCAUCUCCUUUGGGACUGGGGACCAACCUCCUGACCCUCGAGGCAGUCUCCCCAGCUGUAGUUUCCUUUGGGACUGUGACCACUCCAGCUGACAGACUGGCCUUAAUGGGGGGUCUGCAGGGCUUUCUGGGCAAGAUGGCAGAGGAUGGGUUGCAGCCCGACAUCAAAACCCUCACUCUGCUGGCUGAAGUUGUGGCACCUGGGAGCCCUGCAGAAUCUUCGCUGCUGACCAUCCUGGACACAUACCAGGUGGAGGCUGACGUGACAUUCUUCAACACGCUGGUGAGGAAGAAGAGCAAGCUCGGUGAUCUGGAGGGCGCCAAGGCGCUGCUGCCAGUUCUGGCAAGGAGGGGGAUCGUCCCCAAUCUGCAGACAUUCUGUAACCUGGCCAUUGGGUGCCAUAGGCCAGGUGAUGGUCUGCAGCUGCUUGUAGACAUGAAGAAGUCCCAGAUGACCCCCAACACCCACAUCUACAGCACCCUCAUCAACGCAGCCCUCAAGAAGCUUGACUAUUCCUAUCUCAUCAACAUCCUGAAGGACAUGAGGCAAACCCAAGUCCCAGUGAACGAAGUGAUCAUACGCCAGCUGGAAUUUGCAGCCCAGUAUCCCCCCACCUUUGACCGGUACAAAGGAAAAAACACCUACUUGGAGAAGAUUGAUGGCUUCCGUGCUUAUUAUAAGCAGUGGCUGAAAGUGAUGCCAGCAGAGGAAACCCCCCACCCGUGGCAGAAGUUCCAGACCAAACGCAAGGAGGACCAAGACACCAUCACUGAGGCUGAUAUGGAUGGAGGCCUUGGGGGCAGGUGAUGAGGAAGCCCCAAGGACCUCCAGCAGAGGUGGAGUAACAUGCAUGGCCUUCAGCGUGCCUUGGGGGAACCCCAGGAGUCCCUUUCAUGUUAAAGACACAUGAAUGUGCUGUUGUAGCCUCAAGCCUGAGGGAAAGUUCUAGCUCAGAGUAAGCUACAGCAUUUUGCCAGCAUUGGUAUGAAGACAAAUGCUGGAUCCAGGGUGCUUGGCAAGUUCACAGCAGACUCAAGGGCAGCUCAAAGCUCAAGCUUUGGCCCCUCAUCUCAGGCCAUCCUUGCCUGACAGGUUGUUGUCAUCAUGGCUUAUGAGUGAACUUGGCUCGUGGUUACAAAGCACCUAUGAGGUAAGCGUCUGGAUCCAGUUCCAAGGCCUCUGGUUUCCAGCACCUGCUGCUCUCCCACAGACUGCUGCUCUGUGAAAGAAUGAAUGCAGGGCCCAAGAGAUUUCAAAGUUUUAUUUCUACAAAUCACAGAUGAAGAACCCCAAAGCCUUCACCUGGAGAGGCCAUGCUCCAGCAUGGGCGUGGGGCACUGCUCCGCAAGAAAAGCUGCUUUCUCUGAGGGUGGCAGAGUCCUGCGAAGUCCAAAGUCCAGGGUAGAGAGGGGUCAGAGCCUGAGGGCCUCAACCAGAGCAGCCCCGGCAGCCACAGUGAGUGCACUCAAUGAUCCGGCCCUGCAAAAGAGGACAGCUGAGACCCCGCACUCCCGCCAGCCAAAUGCCUCACAUCCUGAGAAAGGUCAUUCAUUCUCCACAGGACAUGCCUCAGAAAUCCCUCCUUGACAGUUCUGGAUGGCGGUUAUUAGGUUCCUUGGUGAAGAUGAAACAGCUACAUAACACUAAGUGUAUUUAUGCAGAUUCAACAUACAUACUUGCCCCACAAAAGGGGGGAAAAAAAUCUGAGAGUGAUUGUUAUCCUAUGUGAACAUGACGUGUCCUGCAAUGAGCUAGAGGUGGAUCUGCUACUGCCCAGGAGGGGUCAGUGCCAAGGGCCUCAGGGCCACCUCUGGCUGGGGACCUUGGGGGCAGGGGGGAGGAGGAGGGAAAUAGGAUGUGUACUUGAAUGUCUAUGAGAGAAUAGUCUUGUCCCCAAACAAGGUGUGCUCAGUGUGUGGCUGGGGGUUCUGCCCAGCAGACAGGCCUAGUACACUGAUUUGCAUUUAUUUUACCUUUUCAUUUUGGGGGAGGAGCAAGACCAUUGAGCAAGCAAACAAUCUAGUGAAACUCAAACCUAAAGGUGACUUUAUUCUGGCCACAUGACUGGGGCAGCACCAGACCAGAUGCUGCCACAGAAUCCUGGGGACUUCUGUCACUCUGCUACCCUCUCCUUUCCCACCAGAAAACCAGCACCCAGGAAAGCCUCCUCUUGGGGAGUUAGCCCGUGCUUACUCUCCACUGUUCUGCAUGCCUGUCCUCCAGCUUCUGGGUAAUUCAGGGAGAUAGUUGCCUGCUAAGUUAAAGCUCUUGAUCCAGAAUUGUAGCUCUAUAUAAACUGUAACUAGAGGGCCUCCCCUGGUGGCGCAGUGGUUGAGCGCUGGGCUGUGAAGCUGCCUGCAGCCUCUGCAGCGCCGGUCAAUCCCCAGCCGCCGGCGAGGGUCCCACAUGGUGUGACAGACCUCUCCUGCCGUGCCCGCUGCUCCCCUCAGCAGUGUAUUUCGUCAGUCUGCCUGUUCUGUUCCCCACUCUGGUGAAUUCUCUCACCUUCCCGCACUUCUGACUGUACCCAGUGGUUGUAUAAAUAAA